ACGCUUUAAGUUCCUCCUAACCAUCUAACCACCUAGGCAACGACAAGGAAUUUGAAAAAUGUGUGAAGCCUCACAAACCCUAUUCUGCCAGCCGCUUUUGCCAGCUACUUUUUCUAACUCCUACUUUUACCAACUUCCAUCUCCGAUACCAGCAAUUUUCUUAUCCAAAGAAAAACAUCCACAAACUAGUAUCCCGCAAUUUCUUUCCUUUCUCUUCCCACUCCCAUCCAUUUACAGACACUCUAUCUAUCCGUUUCCUUGUAAGCAUACCUAAGCUUACUCGAAAACAUACUCGACACACACAACAUCGACGUCUUUUCGCGUCAAAUUCACCAUCCCAAGAUGCAGACCCGCUCUCAAAGCAACAUGGGCAGCAGCACCUCUGGUCUCUCUUCAAGCCGCACUCCAAGCUCCACCCCGAGUCCGGCCUCGGCAGCUGCGCGCAAGGCAGUACAGCGAACCCCAUCUAAGCCAAAGGCAAAGCUCCUAGGGAACCCAAAGAUCACCAAGCCUGCUCUUUUCAGCCGUAAUUCCUCAGGAUCCUCCGGAACCUCUUCUUGUCGAGUCUCCGUGAACAACAUCCGAGAGUCGAUUGAGGUCAAGCAAUCAGCACAAGGAGAGGAUAAGCCGGAGCCGAUGGACGAGACGCUAUCUAAACUGCCUAGUAUCUGGAAAAUUUACAAGGAUGGACCCCCCGGUCGCCUUUUCUCCAUUGAGGAUAUCAAGAACCACGUUACCAUCUACCACCAUGAGCGGGACGCCAACAAGCCCCUCGAGUUGACAUUCAACGAUGGCAAGGUUGUCUACAUUAAGAAUCUGAAGACAGGCAAGGUUAUCUACAGUUCUCCCAGCUGCAAAUUCUGA